AUGGCGGCGGGAGAUGAUACCGCACCGACCGAAACACCGACCGUCACCGUUGCUCAGCUGGAGGCUCUCACAGCUCAGAUGAAGCAGAACGAAGAACGACUUGCGCAAAUCCAGGCGGAGAACGCAACCCUACGAGCAGAAAACGCGUCAUUGGCUCAGGCUCGCAAUAGAUAUCGAGACCGGUUCCCUCCUAUGCAAUCGUUCGACACUCCACCACUUACGGGUGCAACAGGAGCAACCCUAGGACAGGAGCUACCGACGCUGCGCAAGCGAUUGGAGGCUAUGGAGCUCUUGCUCGCGCGACUUCCAGGAGUAGCUCCUCCAAUCACCAAAAGUGCUCCUAAUUGCUAUGCAGACACUCCCUUCACGGAUGCCAUCGCUUUGGUUGAGAUGCCAAAGAAGUUCAUCGUCCCUUCAAUGAAGAUGUACGACGGGACGACCGACCCUGAUAAUCAUAUAGCCCAGUACAAGCAACGCAUGUUCACAACGGCAAUAGCAAAAGAAUAUCGCGAAGCUAGUAUGUGUAAAGGAUUUGGAUCUAGCCUCACGGGACCAGCUCUUCAGUGGUUUACGAACCUACCGAACGCGUCAAUCGACUCGUUCGCGUCAUUGACAGACCGCUUUGUUGAGCAAUUCGCGAGCAGCAGGAACAUAGAAAGGACAGCCGACGAUCUCUAUGAAGUGAUACAGAAGAGAGGAGAACCGUUGCGCGAUUACGUAGGUCGCUUCAACAAAGAGAAAGUAUCCAUUCCGGCAUGUGUCACGUCCACUGCCAUCUCUGCAUUCAAAAGAGGAUUGCUCCCAGACAGUGAUUUGUACAAGGAACUGACGAAGUACCAGUGCAGAACGAUGGAAGAUGUGCUAUCUAGAGCAUGGGCUCAAAUAAGGAACGAGCGUCCCUCUCGAGAUGACAGACCGUACCAGAGACCACGCAGUGAAAGCACUAGCAAGAGAAGCGACAGAAGCGACCAUCGACCACUCAACCAAAUUGAGAGCGACCAACGCUCAUCAUCCACAUGGCCAGACAUGAGUAACCUCGCAAUAUCUCCUGCAGAACUAGUCAAUGUUCUUAAUCAUAUAUCUGGAGUAAGAUGGCCUCAAAAGAUGAAAGCACCAGGGGAACGAAGAGACACAUCAAAGUGGUGCGACUUUCACUCUGACCAUGGUCAUCGAACAGAAGAUUGCAUCACGUUGAGAAUGGAAGUAAACGAGCUACUAAAAAAAGGUCACUUGAGAGAAUACUUGUCCGACAGGGCUAGGAGUCGCAUCGACGACAGAAGCAAUGACGAGGUGCAAAGAAAACCAUCUCCUGCUCAAUCUCCAAGCAUGAUCGAAUCAUCAACGUGA